AUGUCUCAGACCGCCAAAUCCGCCACCAACCAGGGCACCGAUGCCAAGGAGAAGGGAGCUCCUGCCCCCGCUGCCACCAGCAAGGCUUCCAAGACCGGAGACCCCGGAUUCAUGGGUAACUACAAAAUCUUCCUGUUCGACCAGGAGAACUUCCAGGGCAGGAUGAUGGAGGUCCAGAAUGAGUGCAUGAACGUUUGUGAGCGCGGAAUGGACAGAGUCCGCAGUAUCAUUGUUGAGUGCGGCCCCUUUGUUGCCUUCGAGCAGACUAACUUCCGUGGUGAGAUGUUCAUCCUGGAGAAGGGCGAGUAUCCUCGCUGGGACACCUGGUCAAACAGCUACCGCAGUGAUUGUCUCAUGUCCCUCAGACCCAUCCGCAUGGACCCCAUGGAGCACAAGAUCUGCCUGUUUGAGCUUUCCGACUUCAAGGGCAACAAGAUGGAGAUCCAGGAGGAUGAUGUGCCAACCCUGUGGGCGCACGGUUUCUGCGACAGAGUGGGCAGCGUGAGGGUCCCUGGUGGAGCUUGGGUGGGAUACCAGUACCCCGGCUACAGAGGAUACCAGUAUCUGUUUGAGUGUGGCGACUACAGACACUACAACGAGUUUUGUGCCUUCCAGCCUCAGAUCCAGUCCGUGCGCCGUGUGCGGGACAUGCAGUUCCACCAGCGCGGAUGCUUCAACAUGACCGCCGCUAAACAGUGA